AUGUCAUCGAUGAUGUGUUGUGACGCAGUGUCAUCUGCAGUAGAAAUUUUAGCAAUGACCAAAAUACUGAUUACGUUCCAUCCAUCAUGCCACCAUGAUACACGAAAACGUGGUCAGUUGUUUUCGGGUACAAUUAGCAAAACUAAAUUAACAUUGACGAAUAAAAGCGUAACUUCCAUUGAUUAUCUCAUAGGGAAGAAGAGAGGGAGAAAGAAAGAGAGAGAAAGAGAAAAAGAAAUGAAUGAUGAAGCUUAUAAAGCUUUUCGGUACACAACACUGCUUAGAAAUAUUGUCAAAUGUGACAUUUUCGACUAUGCACAUUUGAAUUGUAAAAUUAGUGGAAAGUGUGAGCGCAUUUUAACGGAGCUUUUAAUGCGCGUUCGGCAUGUAUGCGGGCUGCAUGAAAUGUCGCUGGCGAUUGAUGAAAGCGAUAUUUCCAACUGUAACAUCCAUAUUAUACCAGUUUCAUCAUUGCCAAUAUACGUUUGUGGUGAAAUAAACAAUAAGCCGUGUGGAUGA